UCCAGAUGGGAAUGUCCUGAAUGCUACUCAAGAACGGAUGCCGACAAAUGUCCUUGUUGUGGAGCACCCAAAGGAGGUGACAAAACGCCUGCAUCUAAUACUAAAUCGGUUCUACCUGCUUCAACCAUUCCUCUGGGUGGAGCAAAUGGUGCGGCAGCUCAACAGAAGUUUACGUUUGGUUUAAGCGCUGCGGCAGCAGCAAAAGAUACACCAUCUUCAGCCUCAGGUACUCCGAAGUCAACGUUGUUUGGAGCUUCCUUGGCUACGAAUGCUUCUGGGUCCACUCCUACCGCUGGAUUCACUUUUGGAUCCAAACCAUCCAUCUUUGGUGGUGCUACUACAAAAUCAGGUAUUAAUUUACCCAGCUCCUAA